UGCCUUUGUUACUUUCCAGCUAUAACAGGAAAGACUUUCAUCUAGUUUCAAAGAAAGAUCAGAUGAUUUUUUGCUUUUACCUUCUGCAGGAAAAAGAAAAGAGCCGUUAAAAUGAUGAUCACAAUUGUGCUGCUAUUCACAAUUUGCUGGGCUCCGUUCCACACAGUCCACAUGCUGUUUGAGUACUAUGACCUUGAGAAGAAAUACGACGGAGUCACACUCAACAUGAUCAUCGCCAUUGUUCAGGCCAUCGGGUUCUUCAACAGCUUCAACAACCCCAUCGUCUAUGCCUUCAUGAACGAGAACUUCAAGAAGAGCUGCGUCUCCACGCUCUCCCACUGCGUCCGGAAACCCAACCAGCAGGUCGACGUCAUGGUGGCACCCAGGCUGAGCGUGCAGUUCAUCAAACCCCAAAACAGAGAAGCCUUCAUAAAACCGGACGACGGCAACAGCUUGGAGCUGCCCUCAGCGGAGAAAGGCCCUUCAACUUCAUCGCAGGGAGAGCGCUCGCUGGAAAUGAUAGGCGAAAAAAUCUCCACCAUCCAAACGGAGCUGCCAGCAAAUAGCUCCAGUCAAGUCAAAUGAGGACGAAGUGGAGCAAAGUUCAGGUGUUUCAACUGUUCAACUCGACCCUCCUGUUUGCUGUCGAUCCCUGGCGCUUGGCACAAGCAGCCACGAGCACCUUAGACAUGAUUUCAAGUCUCACAG